GCGGAUGCAGGCACGCUCCGGAACUGCAAGGUCUCACGGGAAGUGUAGGCGAAGGGUUUUCACCAGCAUGGAGGACACGCGUGGUUGUGGAGACGCCACAGACCCGGGAAACAAAUGCUCGGAUAACGACUUUGGGCCGUCAAAGCUGGGGACGAAGGAACAUUGGGACGAUGCAUACGAAAAAGAACUGGAGACGUUCAAAGACAUUGGGGAUAUUGGUGAUAUAUGGUUCGGUGAGGAAAGCAUGAGUCGUGUGCUGCGAUGGAUGGAGAGAGCCGAGAUCCCAGAAAACGCUGCCAUUCUGGACAUUGGCACCGGAAAUGGAGCCUUUUUAGUUGAACUGGCCAAACACGGCUAUAGGAACCUGUCGGGUAUAGAUUAUUCUCCAGCUUCAGUGGAAUUGGCCAGAAAUGUUCUGCAGGCGGAGGACUUGACAGAUGUCACCUUAAAGGAGAUGGAUUUCUUAAACCAUCAAGGCCAGCUGAAGGACUUUGACGUCUGCAUCGACAAAGGAACAUUUGAUGCGAUAAGUCUAAACCCACACAACACAGAUGAGGGCAAGGAACUCUACGUCCAGGCUUUGAAAGACGCUCUGAAGGACAAAGGAUUCUUUACCAUCACUUCCUGUAACUGGACCAAAGAGCAGCUGCGACACAGAUUCACUGAAGGAUUUGAGUUUGUACAGGAGUUGCCAACACCCAGUUUCCAGUUUGGAGGCGAAAGGGGAAACACUGUGUCAGCACUCAUCUUCAAGCGAGUGCAUUGAUUUACACGUCCCCAAAGAAUUUUUGUCCUUUUUUUUGGAUCUUUUCUCUGUAGUUUAUUUUUUUCUAUUUAUCAGAGGAAUUGAUAAUGUAAUAUCUGUGCAAGAUAUUUUUAAUACAAGAUCUAAUAAUGCAGGAUUCUAAAAACAUGGAGAGUGUUUUGGUUCUGAUGUUUUCAUUUAAUACCGAUCCUCAGUUCUUAAGCCAUCUGGGAUGUUUAUGCAAUUCUCAAGAUGAGUUGUAAAAUCCAAUUUCAGUUCCAAGAAUGAUUAUAUACUGUUGUUUAUAUACUGAGCGGUUUCUCAUAUAAUAUUCCAGAUAUCAACCUGAAGUCAUUUGAUAUCUGCUUCUUUCCAAACUGUUACAUAACAAAGAUGUAAUUUUGUCACUGAAGAAUAUUAAACUCACAUUGGAGGUGUUCUAAAAUAACAUGAUGUAAACACAAACAGCUGAAACUGAGAUAAACUGAUUUUGUGUAACAAGAA